AUGGGUAUCGGACCACCACGUUUAGACAAAUACACGAGAAUUCUCUCUCGACUGUUUGAGUUCCUUGCCCUCUUUCAUAUCCUCAAAAGAGCCAACGGUCCCCAUACCGUCUCGCAACCCCCUACAGACCUGCAAAGCACAAGACGAAGGUUUCUUUCAAGUUUGUGCUUUUUUUGCGACUACCAAAAAGGCGGAAAAACAACAACCUCAAUGGCUCUUGAGUCUCUCAACAACGGUGUUGUAUUUUGGAUUGCAUCGAACGUGUCGCCAAAUGAUCGCGUCAUCGCGUUUCUCUCUACUGUACUAGAGACCUUACGAACAGAACCAAACUCGACGGACACAGAAAGAGAAACACUAAUAGCGAUGCUGACAGCCAGGUACAUCCAAUUUGCUGCUCCAAGAUUAAGAAAAGAACGCGCAAUCCUACAUCGGUCUAUGCGCUUCUGUGAGGCUUACUUAACGAGCAAUCUCGACACUAUUCAGACACCUGGAGUUGCCGCUUUACUGGACUGGUUCACCCAAUUCUCUGCUACAGCCGACCCUUUGAUCCUAUGUCAGGCUUCUUACAAUGCUCGCCACGCUCCUCAGAUGGCAACCUUGGAGGCUUUGCGACAGGAGCUGAUAGUAGCUCCACAAGGAACAGCAGAGGCAUUUCGCUCUGUCAAGCAUCUCAUUGGCCGUCUGGCUGAGAAGAUUCGUAUACCUAUCAAUCUCGUCAAUGACUCCCGUCUACUGAGACCUCUUCUGGACUCCUACGAAAUCAGAAGAGUAGAAGCCCCAGUUGCAGCAAAGAUGCCUAUGGCAGAUGGCUUGAGAAAUCUGGAUUCUAUACUCAGGAGAAUGCUUCCAGCAGGCGAUUCUCGCCUGAAAGACAUGCAAGCGUAUCUUGGGCAACUGGACGGCUCAAUACAGCUUGAAGAUGCGAUCAGGGCUAUGCAUGACGACGAUAAAACAAACCAUGGUGUCCAUGCAGAGAUCCAAAUGCUCGAGGACUUUCAUCGCAAUCGACGCAAAUUUGUGGGUAAUGAUCGUUACAUAGCCUGUAGCAAGCUUGCUUGCUUGUGCUGCAGACUAUACUUCAAAUGGCAUCCGGGCAGAUUUGUUGAGCCUGAAUCUCACCAAAAGUCAUAUCUCAGUUGGCGUCCUAUCGAUCUACCUGGGGGUAGGGAGAGUCAGCACUGGCCAGACCAGCGUCGCGUUUUGGCAAAUCUCAGCAAAGAGCUAAGCAACCUCGUAGAGGAGCAGAUUACAACCCAGCAACAACCGACUCCAUGGCAACCGGACUCGGUGACAAAUAUCACUGCGGUUAUGGGAUCCAUCUCACUUUCUGAAGUUGGAGAAGCGUUUGAAAGCGGUGAUGGAGAAAGUAACGUCACAGAUUCUGAAUCACUGGCACAUCUCAAUGAUGACGAGACUGUUGAUAACACUGAUGAUGAGUCUGGAGAUAGUGAUGAGGAAUCCGAUGGAGGUGUAGGUUUGGGUGAAUGA